GUCGUGGCAGUGUCCCCCAUCUUUACUUUUCUUAAUUCUUCCCGGAACUUCAGUGGAAGAAUUUUGUCAUCAUGUCGUUGUCUAUGCCUGGUCCCUCCCAGGCUGGUCUCUUCAAGCCUGGGUAUCAGAGUCAUGAUGCCGAAGACGGUGCGGUUAUCCGCAACAUCGAAGCCUGCCAGGCUAUCGCUCAGACCGUGCUCACGUCGCUGGGCCCGUACGGUCGUAACAAGAUCGUGAUUAACCACCUGCAGAAGAUGAUCCUCACUUCCGAUGCCGCUACAAUUCUGCGCGAGUUGGAUGUUGUGCACCCCGCUGCCAAGUUGCUCGUGAUGGCCAGUCAACAGCAGGAUGCGGAGAUGGGUGACGGUACCAACAUGGUCAUCAUCUUGGCGGGAGAGUUGCUGAAGAAGGCCGAGGAAUUGUUGCGGAUGGGUUUGAAGACAAGUGAUAUCACGCAGGGUUAUGAGAAGGCUCAGAACUUCGCUCUUCAGGUGCUGGAAGGCCUCGAGGUUGAUCGCCUGCAGGAUCUUCGUUCUCAGACCGAAUUGAGUAAGGCUCUCCGUACCGUUGUCGCCAGCAAGCAGUCCGGAACCGAAGACAUCCUGGCCUCCUUGGUUGCCGAGGCCGUCCUCGCCGUCUUGCCCAAGAAUCCCGUCAACUUUAACGUCGAUAACGUCCGCGUUGUGAAGAUCAUGGGUGGUAGCUUGGAACAGUCCCGUGUUGUCAAGGGUAUGGUCCUUGGUCGUGAGCCCGAUGGUGUGGUCAAGAAGGCACAGAAGGCCAAGGUCGGUGUCUUCAGCUGCCCCAUCGACAUCUCUCAGACCGAGACCAAGGGUACUGUGCUCCUGAAGAACGCGCAGGAGAUGUUGGACUUCUCGAAGGGUGAGGAGGAGCGUCUGGAGGCGGCCAUCAAGGAGCUGUAUGACUCUGGCCUUCGUGUCCUUGUUUGCGGUUCCACGAUCGGUGAUCUCGCUAUGCACUACCUGAACCGUUUCAACAUCCUUGUCAUCAAGAUUUUGUCCAAGUUCGAGCUGCGCCGUCUCUGCCGCGUGGUCGGUGCUACUCCUCUCGCUCGUCUGGGUGCUCCUAUGCCCGAUGAGAUGGGUUCUAUCGACAUCGUCGAGACCACUGAGAUCGGUGGAGACCGUGUCACCGUUUUCCGUCAAGAAGAUUCCAACGCUGUUACUCGCACAUCUACCAUCGUCCUGCGCGGUGCCACCCAGAACCACCUGGAUGACGUCGAGCGUGCCAUUGACGACGGUGUCAACGCCGUCAAGGCCAUCACUAAGGACCCCCGUCUGGUUCCUGGCGCCGGUGCUACCGAGAUUCAGCUUGUGGAGAAGAUCUCUGCAUUCGCCGAUCGCACUCCCGGCUUGCCCCAGCACGCUAUCCGCAAGUACGCUGAAGCUUUCGAGGUGAUCCCUCGUACUCUGGCGGAGUCCGCUGGCUUGGACGCUACUGAGGUUCUCUCUCGUCUCUACACUGCCCACCACCACACGAGCGCCAACGGCGAAUCGUCAGAGGAGUCGGAGGAAGAAGGCAGUUCCGAGGAGGAGCCUUACUGGACUACUGGUGUCGAUCUGGAGGUAGGACCUUCUUCGACUGGUACUCUUGACACUGUGGAUGAAGGUAUUCUGGACUUGCUGGCAUCGAAGAGCUGGGCCAUUAGACUCGCGAGUGAGUCCGCCCGGACAGUCCUCAGUGUCGACCAGAUCAUUGUUGCUCGGCAGGCGGGUGGACCCAAGCCCCCGGGCCCCAACCCCAACUGGGAUGAGGACUGAAUUUGAGGCGUUGGAGAGCGGUAUAUUCAAUGUGGUCUAAAACUCAAAAUGUGAUAUAGACACGAUAAUCAUGAACAUCAACUAACCCGGCAUGUCCGGGAGUGUAUAAUGCUUUGUGUGGUAG